CAGUCUGCCUGUAUGCCUCUGUGAGCAAGCCUAUAUGCUAGACCAAAGUAAAUGAUCAAGGCCACUGAGCUUGUAGGCUGGGUUGAUCCUAUGCUGGGAGGCACUUGACAAGCCAGUGUUGUCCUUAAAUUUGGGACUGAAUGACAUGCCACAUGGCAGUGAAUAUUACUCAAGAUCAUAUGACCCAUGAUAAGGCUAAUCUGUCUUCAAAUCACUUUAUCAAGGAACUCAGUUUUCAUGAAGUUUCUGAACCGCCCUUCUUAUUUUAAGAGCAAAUACAUCAGGGAAACCUUGGAGUUCUGAUGUGCUUUUGGCAAAAGGGACUUUUUGCAGUACUUGUAAUGGAGAAUCAGUAUUUAAAACUGAAAGGCGGUCCUUUGGGGCUCCCCAGCUCUGUCACCUCUCCUUGGUACGCCGCACCUGUGACAAGGCCAGAAUCAUUACUCGGUGCUGUCUAGGGAGGCCAGCGCAGAGCAGUGUGUGUGCUGUGCACAGCAGGGUGGGCAGAGGCCGGAUCCAAACCUCACAACCGCGGCUCGGCACCAGCACAGCCCUUCAGUGGAAAUGCAGCAGCUGUUCCAACAGGGACACGAGGCCUUUCCCCUGACACUCGGCACCAGCUGUGCCAGACCCAGAGACAGCGAGAUCUAUCUCUUCCUGCCAGCGCAGGGUUAAUGGUUAGACUUCGUGAUAUUAGCGGUCUUAUCCAACCCGUACAGCUCUAUGGUUCUAUUAAAGACAGACCAGCUGGUGGCUAAUAAACGUUGUUUUUACACACGCUGACGAGCCGAGAGCAGUGGGAAGGGGAGCAGCUAUAAUAAAAGCUCUAAGCUGUGCCAGCUGGGAGCGGAGCGCACGGCAGCACGGAGGAGCCGUGGUUCCUCUCCGGCCGGGGCCGGCUUUGCUGCAGGCCGGGCUAAGCGAUGCCGCUGACCGCGCAGAUGCUCGCUGCGUGAGCGCAGUGCUGCACUCGCCGAGGUGCCCAUGUGUCCCGACCUCUGGCAGCAGGGGACAGGCCCCGCGGCGGUGACACCGGCGGGCCCGUAGGGACCCCGGGCCGAGAUGGCGGCACCCGGCCUCGUCCUGUCGGCGGCAGCGGCCGAGAGGCGGUGACGGAGGGCGGGGGACACACCUCCGCGGAGGGACGCGGCCAGCCCCGUCCCGCCCCCCGGUGUCACGGAGCUGCGGGACGAGCCCGGCGGGGCUGGGGGAGCUUUCCCCCGCGCAUGGGGCUGACAGCUCGGCUGCUCCGCUUUCACCGCGGGAGCGCUUGCGGUUUGCUUUCUGCCGCAGGGUUCGAAGCCCAGAGCCAGAAAUGAGGAAGGUUCUGUGCGUGGAGCCCGUCAUUUUCAUCUACAUUUUUGCGUCUUCCCUGACGAGCCCGCUGGUGCAGCAGUUCAUCUACCGGCGGCUGUGGGAGCAGGAGUACAACUCCACUUUCGUGAGCGACGACAAUGUCAGUCACUGCGAGCAGAAUAAGAGCAGCCCGGCUUAUAUCAAACAGAAGGCAAUUCAAGAAAAAGCCUCUGUUUUUAAUAUGCAAUUGGACUUAACUAGGGCCAUUCCCAGCCUUACAGUUGCCUUUGUCAUUGUAGCUAAUGGGGAUCGCCAGGGACACAAAAGGUCUUUAGUUUUACCAUCAAUGGGAGCUUUGAUUUCUGGUAUUAGCUUCACUGCAAUAUCAUAUUUUUCCUUGUCACUCUCUGUCCUAUUUGCAGUCGCAUUUAUUACUGGACUGUUUGGAAGUAUAGCAACUUUCCUUGGAGGAGGCUUUGCUUACAUAGCAGAGGAGUGUCAUGAUGAGAAGCAGAAAACAACACGAAUAGCUGUAGUGGAUUUGAUUUUUGGAGUUGUAUCUGGAUUGGCAGGUCUGUCAUCUGGCUACUUUCUGAGAGGAAUAGGCUUUGCAUGGACAUUUGUGAUAGCAUCUCUGCUCCAUGUCAUUAAUAUCAUCUAUAUUGUAUUUUUUCUUGAAGAUACUAUAGGUGUAUCUCAAUUCCAGCAUGAAGCACCAGUAUCCUGGAAAGAACUUCUUAGGGAGACAUUUUCUGGAGUGUACAUGCUUUUUAAAACUGCCCCUUAUAAAAAGAGAAUUUUAAUAAUCGUGUUACUUUUUACAUUUAUGACUUACUUGUUUACUCUGCUGGGUGGGAGUUCACUUUUUACACUGUAUGAACUGGAUGAGCCGCUCUGCUGGAAUGAAGUAUACAUUGGAUACGGAGCAGCUGCAUUCACUUCUGUCUCGCUGACCAGCUUUUUAGGAGUUUACUUAUUUUCCAAAUGUCUCAAAGACAUUUAUAUUGUCUUCAUUGGGAUGUUUUCUUACAUUGGAGGAAUGAUCAUGGCUGCCUUUGCCAAAACUACCCUGCUCAUGUUUUUAGUGAGAGUGCCAUCUUUGUUCUGCUUUAUGCCUAUUCCUGUUCUCCGAUCCAUGCUGUCAAAAGUUGUUCUCCCUGGUGAACAGGGUGCUGUGUUUGCUUGUAUUGCCUGUUUAGAAGUUGUGACCGGCACUAUGUCAAUUUCAGUUUUUAAUAUUCUCUAUGCAACUACUGUUGCAUGGUUUUCAGGCUUUAGCUUCCUCCUAUCAGCAGGCCUUUGUCUAAUUCCACUGUCUGUCCUGUGCUGGCUUCUGUGCACAAGCUGGAAUGGGGAGGACUUGGCUCUGCUGGUACCUGAAGAAGUAUCCAGCAUAGAGAGUGCUGAUAGUUGAACAAAGGAUGCACAUACUCGGGAUUUCUAAUCUGACAUGCAGUGGCACAGAUCGUUAUGUCACACAGAAACCACAGAGAUAACACAAUCUCCAAGUGGCCCUGCAGCAAUAAGCACUAAAUUGGUACCACUCAAUACCCAGUCUCUUUUUAGCACUUGACUAAAGCUAGCUCUUAACUAUGGAAAUAGGCUGGCAAUUGAGAUUAAUGCUGCUUCAGCAUGAAGGAAAAAAUAAGGUAGGAUGAUACUUUUUCCACUUACCCUUUCUCAAGUUUGAGAAUGUCAGCUGUGGAUUGUGAUACAUCUUGUAUCACUCUAAGAUGGGUGACAGAGAUAAGCUUAGCAGCACAGAGGACACUGGCAAUUCUGCUGAAGUCAUUGCAGCUUGUGCCAGCUGAGGAUGUGGCCCACUGUGUACAUCUUGAAAGCCCUGUCUUAACAGUGAAGCCCCCAAACUGUCGAAAAUUACUAAACUAAAAACUAGUUCUUUUCAGAAAACAAACUGGAGGCAGUACUCACACCUGCUGUAAGUUCACUUACUGCAGCUAGCAGAGUGUUUGUGUAAGUUUAACAUAAGAUGUGUGGACCCUUGCCUGUGACUUAGUUCUUGAAAUGGAUUUUCACACAGAACUGUCAGAAAAUUUCCAUCUUGCGGAGUGUGAAGUUCAGCUAAACCUACAUUUUGCAGAGGCCAUAUUGCACAUUUAUAAUUUUCCAUAUAUUAAGGACUGCGUACAGACAUCUCUUUUUUGUCCCAGAGAUAUUUCUUGUUUUCUAGUUAAGCUUAAAUAUUUCUUUUAGCAAAAAGCUGUGAUAGCAUUCUUAUCUGUAGAUCUUUAUUUUUUUAACAGCCCUGAAAUGAGGUGAUGAAAUUAGAAUCAUGAAUCUAAUCAUCUUGCAAUGAAUGCAACAUGAUUUAUGAACACUUGAACAGCACUUCUAAUCUUCAAAGCACUUUACAAAUGAUAUCCAAAACAUCCUGACAUAGUAGAUACUAUCCUCUUUGUUGCAUAAAGAGAAAUUAACAGAGGACAAGUGACAUGCCCAGGGCCCCAGUGCAAACUGGUGAGACUGCCAAACCUAGGAAUCCAUUUCAGCACUGACUCCUCACCUUUUCCCUUAAGAACUUUAAGUAGAAAUUAUCCUGAGUAUUAGGUUCUGGAAUGCACAGCACAGCAGAAGUGUGAAUGUAACACCAUAUUAAGGACCAUUCCCAUCUGUUGAUUUUGCUAAGAGUUUGACAGCCAAUACUGUUCUGAUCUCUCAAAGUUGUGUAUGACUCUUUUCCCCCAAAACAGAUUAGGCAAAAAAAAAAAAAAAAAAAAAAAAAAAAGUGGUUGCCAUUUAGGGAAUGAAACCUCUACAAAAGCAUCUACAAUGACUUCACAUGCACACACCAUAGGAUAAAACUGCAGACAGGCAAUACCAUGUGCUGUAUAGUCGAUGAGCUGCAUGCAGCCACUGAUACCCAUCCUAUGAACAGAGACUCAUGCAGAACUUCUCAGUGGUACUCCACCAAAAAACAGUAAUACCAAAUAAUGAUGAUACUUUUAUAGAUCCUUUAUAACUGAAUUAUUUCAUUCUUUCCAAGUUAUGUAUCAUGGUCACAGAGAAGGUUGGAAGAAGGUUCAACUAAGUUAAAGGGAGAGCUUACAAUAUUCAAGAGACCACUACCUGCUCAUCACAGGUGAAAACAGAGACAUUUAUGUAAUGUGCUAACCUCUAGCCAGCUCUUCCACUUCUGUCCUGAACUUCCAAGAGUGAUGUUGGCAAUUAAAUAUCAUUAGCUCUCUCUCAGCAGUUUAGACACGAGCCAGAAAAUAAAACUGCUUAAUGCCUUCGAGGUGCCCAAGCUACUGCCAACUUGCUGGAAACAUGAGCCGAGUUCUACAAUAACCAGUGGGUCCAAAACAUAAUGAGUACUUGUAGAGAGAUUAAGAAAACACUGAUGUAAAGGAUUUUAGCACAAACAUUACAUUGUCUUCCUUGCCUCUUCAUUAUGCAGUUAUGUAAGGCUUUAUGGAAUUAACUAUUUCACACAAAACUGCCUGGAAAUAAAAAAGCAAAUGGAGAAGGGGUGUGUACCUUCACUUGCUCUUCUUCAGUGGACACCUUUUCUAGCACUGGGAAGGUUACAACAAAGCGAGCCACUCCACAGUGGUGCUGUGUCAGUCCAGCUGAGAACAAGCACAUACACCUCAGGAAUAGCUUUGUUAUGAUUUAACUGCACAAAGUACGUGCUGUUUGCAAAAUGCUUCUGGUAGAUGGAGCAUUUAGGCUAGGAAUUUAGGUCAAAACAGCAUGGAGGAUAUGAACUGUGUUUUUAAAAUGCCUUCCACAGUGCAAGCUGAGAAACCAAGUACUAAUACCCCUCAGAUUAUUAAAGCAAAAUGUUCUACGUUUAUAAUUUCUUUAUUUGUGUAUAAAUACAAAUUAUUUUGACAUAAUAAUAAUAAAGCUUGGUUUUUUUUA